UGCCCAGGCUCAACAGGACCCUGAUAGAGACCAGCACCGGUCUUCAAUCUCCGAGUUCCGAUCGCGGUGGCCAUCACAGAAAGUGAUUAGCCACCGCAAUUCAACAAUCCCCAGGCCGGCAUGAUGAACAACCGUGGGCAUCUGCCGGCUGGGCAAGCCGUGCAGGGAGGACUGGAUAUGGGCCCUGGCCCCGGAGGAGGGCCGCGCCGUGGGGGACGACCACAGUCCUACCACCAGGCCCAUUAUCACCACCAGCAUAUCAGCCACCAGCCCGUGCAUCACAACUCAUAUGUGAACCAGUAUGGCGCGCCUUCAUACUACAGCAUUCCUGCGCAGUACCAGAAUGGCAGCAUGGGUUCGCCCAACUUCUACGGCUACCCACCCGUGCCUUACUCUAGGUCGCCUACCUCGGCGCAGGUGCAGCACUAUGGUCCAAUGGUCUCUCCCUACUCGAGGCCUCCUCAACACUCGCCCGUAGUGUCGGCACCAUACCACAUCCCUCCACACGCGCCCAUCCCGCUUCCGCCUCAUACCCCUUCUUCCACACACUCUGUCCAUGCCAUUCCUCCUCCCAUGACGCCCCCGACGCCGCAACUGAGGGAAGUGCCUCAAGUACUACCAACUCAACCUCUACAGCUGUCGCAACUCGUGGCCUUCCAGGGACAAAUACCAAUUCAGCCUGUAGCGCAGGUGGAACCGCCAAUCCAACCUCAGGAGCAACCUGGGCCUCACCCCCAAGGUGACUCACCGCCCAAGGUGUCUCCUCGCACCGAAUCAUUCAGGCCACCCCUUCCCUGGCUAUCGAGACCAGACUUGCCGUUUCCCGCACGGGCCGCAAGAUCUAGAAGGCGAAGGAGAGCACCGGAAACUGGGGCCCCGAACGUCGAGCUGCCUAUUAGAGAGCACGGGGCCAUAGCCGAGCACACCGAAGCUCAGACUCUGGCGGGACCACCAGCAAGGACGGCCUCGGCACCCAAACAGACCGCUGUCACUGUCGCAGGAUCAUCUAUUGUGGACGCCCCCGCGCCUCGGCCCGAGACUCCAUCAACACAAGAACCUCCUUCAGAUUCCGCAGCAUCUACCUCACCGACGACUCCUAUCUCUGUCCAGCCCUCGCAAACUACUACAUCUGCAGCAACACCGACGAAUCCCGCGAAACCCGCAUCUCGAGCGGCCGUCCCAGCUCUGCCGGUGCUCCCAAUUUUGCCCAAGGCCAGCCCUAAAGAUGCCAGGUCGGGUGGUUCCACCGUCGAAAAGGCACCUGGGGACGAGUCACAAGCGUCCGGUGCGGCCCCUAAUGACAAGGCCGAUUCUGCCGCAACUCCAGCAAACGAUGUGAAUGCUGGUGGGCCUUCGGGGGAGGACGCCCAGCCUGCACCUGAACCUGCCCCAGUCAAGGCUGCUCCUAAGCUUUGGACCGGGUUAUUCGCCAAGCCGUCGCCUUCCUCAGGCGCUGUUGCCACCCAAGCCGGGGGCCAUAACAAUAUGAAUGGCGGGAUCACGACCGAUGGGUCUGGUGCUGCAGACGGGAUCUCGGGCUUCUCAAAGUCGAAUGCCAGCUCGCUAGUUGAGGCGCUUCAGGCAUAUGAGGUCGGGGGUGCGGAUAAGCUUUCGUUCCUUGAGCCAAGGGGCCUCAUUAAUACGGGGAAUAUGUGUUAUAUGAACUCGGUCUUGCAAGUUCUUCUCUUCUGCAUUCCCUUCUACGACUGCUUGGAUCAAGUCUCCAAGAGGGCCGCUUACAGCUUCAAGAGCGAGACGCCUUUGCUGGAUGCCAUGAUCAUGUUCAUGCGCGAGAUCAAGGUGAUCGACUCUGCAGCUUCUGUAGAACAGUUACGAAGACGGCUGAAGAGCGAGGAACUGGAACAAUAUGGCGAACCUUUUACUCCAGAGUUUGUGUACGAAGCGAUACGGACGCUCCCGCGCUUCGCAAGCAUGAGGCGUGGUCAUCAGCAAGAUGCCGAAGAAUUUCUCGGCUUCCUCCUUGAAGGUCUCCACGACGAAUGUGCGCAGGUAAUGCGAGCUGCUCUUGCUCCUAAUGAUUCCACCCUCGUCUUGAAUUCCUCCCAGCCCACGCCCACCCAAUCGGUGUCAUCGAAAUCGCACGAUGCCGCCGAGUCAAGUGAUGUGUGGCUGGAGGUCGGGCCUCGGCAACGACCUGCCAUUACCCGCUCCUCGGGCUAUUCCAACAUUGCGUCUCCCGUCACCAAGAUCUUUGGCGGUCAGCUCCGCUCCGAGCUCCGGGUUCCUGGGCUGAAGAAUUCGGUGACCCUUGAGCCAUACCAGCCGCUUCAGCUGGAUAUCGGCGCUCCCGAAGUCCGCAACAUCGUUGACGCGCUUAAGGGGCUGACACGCUCGGAGACCCUCCACGGUGACUUCAACUCGCCUCACGGGAAGGGAGCCACGGCCACCAAGCAGGUCUUUAUCGAGUCCCUUCCUCCGGUCCUCAUUCUCCACCUGAAGCGAUUCCAGUUCGACUCUGAGGGGAAUGGCACCGUGAAGAUUUGGAAGAAGGUCGGAUAUCCCCUGGAGCUUGAAAUCCCUCGCGAUGUCUUGUCCCGCCAGAAGCGGAAUGCGAUUCUGGCCGAGGGAUCCGGCCUCCCCAAGUACAGACUCAGCGCUGUAGUCUAUCACCAUGGAAAGAAUGCCAGCGGCGGGCAUUACACCGUCGAUGUUCGGCGGCAGGACGGCCUCGAAUGGAUCCGCAUCGACGACACGGUGAUCCGCCGUGUUCGGUCCGAGGAUGUUGCCGAGGGCGGCUCCGAGGAGAAGGUCAACAAGGCCGCACAACAGCAACAGCCGCAACAAGACAUUCGAAAGGAUGGACCAGGAUCGGCAGCCCCAGCCAGCAACCGUUUCGUCGGCAUCAACGAGGAAGAUGCGGGAGACGAGGAGGGAUGGAACCAGGUCAGCGGCGCUGUUAACGGCAGUAAGAAAUGGAGCUCGGUCGUGAACAGUGGAUCAUCGUCACGAAGCGCCACUCCCAAGGGCAAGCCGGUCAGGGAUAAUAUCAAGGACAACAAGGUUGCAUACUUGUUGUUCUACCAACGGAUCUGAACGGUCUCCCAUGCCCAGCAAGUCUGGCGGUGGCCUUGCACGAAGCUGGGGAAUCCAAACACCCUCUCGGACGAUGGGAUGGCGGACGAAGUAAUGGAUGGCUCGAAACCUGGCUGGGCCUGAUUGAAAUUGUUGGGAGUG